GGGAAACUGGACUUUGAUUUGUCGGUCAAAGUAUACGAUUGGUCACAGAAUCGGCCCAUUUAUGAGCACAAGUCUCGCCACUCGUCCGACAGUUUCUCCGCACAACUCGUGUAUAACAUAACUGUUGCCGAACUAAAUAGAGUGGCCAAAUGCCCUCAUACUGACUGUCACAGUGAUUGGGUGUUGAGUGUAGAGGUGACAAACACCGAGCGCAAAUUACAGGCAAAUAAUUUCCUACUGUUAUCGGAGCCGAAAAACUCGCACAUAAUUCAGCCUAAUAUCAAAGUGUUGGACGUGAAGGAGGUUAAGAGGGCCGAGGGUUCAGCCCCUGUGGGCCCGCAUUAUCUGUCAAACAGCCGUACGUUUAGUAUAAGCCUAUCGUCCGAAACGAUCGCACCGUUUGUUUCGCUGGACUUUCGGCCGAAGACUGGAAUUAGCGGUCAUUUCAUGGAAAACGGAUUCUUUAUAUUUGACGGCAAAAAGUGUGUUAUAUUUUGCACAGAAUCUAAUGUUACGGAUAAACACAUUAGAGAUAAUCUCGUCAUUAAGUCCGUAACCGAUGUUAUUGUUUAA